AUGGACCUCCACCAGAUCAUCGAGCAGCUUGCCGCCGAUCUCCACAACGCCCAAAACGACGACGUCGCCUACGGCCGACGUCUCCCCGCCGAAUGCAACAUCACAAGCACUCCCGCAGAUCUGAACCGAUUCUCCGCCGCCUCGCUCGACAACCUCAUCGACCGCUUCUCCAACAGGAAGAGGAAACAGCCCGAAACGACGACGGAUCGGAACCGAACCGGAAGAAGACGGCUCUCGACCGACGAGAUCUUGAAGCUGGCCGGCGCCAGGAUCAUCCAGUCGUCCACGUGGACGGCAGAAGAUGACGGCGCCGUCAACGUUCCGUUACCCGACACCGUUGAUGAUCACCGCGACGGCAUCAUCACUCCCGAGGAGUCCAAAAACGUGGAGCUCGUGGAGUACCUAUUGCGAUCCGCCGAGAAAUUCGGGAAAGGCGAGUUCGGGCAGGCGAGCGGCCUCCUCGAUUUCUGCGAAACAUUGGGUCCCCGGGAUUUACAGACCGGGGACCCUAUCCAGCGCGCUGCGUACUAUUUUUGCAACGCGCUACGAGAGAAGAUGACGGCAGAAGAAAAUAAUCGUAAUAGUAAUACUACAGUAUCAGCCAGCGUUGAGGCGAGGAAAGUAGUAGUACUUCCUGCGGGGUGGGAGUACUACUUCCACGGGAGGGUGCCGUUUUUCAUGGCUUCCCAAAUGGCGGGAGUGCAGGCCGUACUGGAGAGCGUGUGGGCCGAGAAGCGGGUCCACGUGGUGGAUCUGAGGAUCCGAUCCGGGUUGGCGAUGAUCGCGCUGAUUCAGGCUCUUUCGGGUCGGGGGAAUGAGGCUCCUCAGCUGGAGCUGUUGAAGGUCACGGCCGUGGCGGACGAUGAGUCGGAGGUGGAGGUUUGGCGGGAGACGGGAGUGAGGCUGGCGAGUUUCGCUAGCGAGAUGAACGUGCCGUUCGCGUUCAAGAUCGCUAAGGUUUCUCAAGUCCUCGGUCUCAGAAAAACCCAGCUCCAAAUCAACUCGAAAGAAGCCACGGUCGUCUACUCCGAGUACGCCCUCAGCCCUCUCAUCUCCACGCCCAGCCGCCUCCACGCGCUCAUGCGUCUCGUCAAGAGCAUCCGCCCUCGCCUCAUGGUCGUGGUCGAAACCGAAGCCAACCACAACUCCCCGGACUUCGGCCACCGCUUCGUCGAGUCCCUCUUCACCGCCGCCGCCUGCUUCGACUGCCUCGCCGAGUGUUGCGCCCACGACGACCCUGCCGGCAUGAGGGAGGCGGUGGGGGCGCGUUUCCUGGGGGAGAGGAUACGGAACGUGGUGGCGGCGGAGGGGGCGGAGCGCGUGGUCAGGGACGUGAGGAUCGGCGUGUGGAGGAAGUACUUCGCCCGGUGCGGGAUGCUGGAGAUCGAGCUGAGCGAGCUGGCGGUGCGCCACGCGCGGCUCGUUGUGAACCGGUUUCCCUGCGGUGCGGCGUGUGUUGUCGGCGCGGAGGGGAAGAGCGUGGUGAUGGGUUGGAAGGAUACGCCGCUGCUCUGCGUUUCGACGUGGAAGUUCGUUGGGCCGAAGAAGGCGAGAGCGGCGGUGGAGAAGAAGCAGCGGCGUCGUAGCGGCAAGAGGAAUGGGUGA